AUGGCUGAUCAAGAUAAGUCAUUUUUUAGUUCAGAGACAAAUGGGUCUUUAAAAAAGGUUUGUAGACCUAUUAAUCUUUCUUAUAGAGAUGGUUGUAUGAAGUUAUUAGAGGAGUUGAAUUAUUGCCGUGAGAAUACAUGGUAUUUGCCAUGGAAAUGUGUAGAAGAGAGACAUGCUUAUGAAAAAUGUGAAUAUGAAAUUUUUAAAGAACGUGUAAAAAGUUUGAAAGAAUUAGAGAAAGUAGAAAGAUAAGUAUUGAUAUAAGAAAUCGAAUGUUUUAAUUUGUGGGAUAAUAUAAAAAAAGA